CUGUACGUCCUUAUAUUAGUGCACUACAUUGUAUAUGACACUAAGGUUUAUACGCCCUACAUAGUGCACUAUUUAUACAAAAACAGCUCCAUUUGGACUUCAGCCCGGUUGCUUCGUUCUGUUUCAGAGCACUGCAUCCUGCAUCUCUCAGCAUCCUUUCAAAUUGAACUCGUUCCCAUUUUUUUUGACUCAAGCCAAAUCGUUUUUAAUAAAUGUAAUAAAUGUUAUGAUGUGAUUUUGUUCAGGCGGUGUUCAAAGGUUCCAUGCUAAAAUACAAUAAUUUGGCCAGAUCAGGCUGGAAGUGAGUGUCUCCUCAUGGGCAGCGUGUUGGCCUUGUCAUCUCGUCCUGAGCGUCAGAAUUCCCCUUUCCCCCACGACAGACCUCUAUCAAGGUGGGACAAGAGGGAUGGAAGACUUCCAAACCCAGGCAGCUUUGACGGCCUUCAUCGCAGCUGCAAAGAUGUGUUUCCGCAGCAGGUCGAAGGAGUGAAAAUGGUCAUAAACAAAACCCUAAGCAGCUUUUUCAAGGUCAGCCAUACGUUUCACAUCAGUGCUGUGGCUCCGUCGACGUACCGCUUCCAUGUCGAGUAUCUGCAAUCAGACACAGACAGCAAAGAAACAGGCUCUCCCAUGCUCAUUGGAGAAAUGGAUUCCUCUGGGAGCUUGAACGCACACUCUUUACUCCACCUAAGCGAGCAAAUACGAGCGAAAGCAGUAUUUCAGACUGUGCAGUCGCAGUUUGUUACAUGGCAGUUUGAGACCGAGUACAGAGGCAGCGAUUUCACAGCUGCCGUAACUAUGGCCAACCCGGACAUCUUUCGAGAAUCUGUUAUCAUGGUGGCGCACUUCCUCCAGAGUGUCUCUCCACAGCUGGUUCUCGGAGGAGAGUUGGUUUACCACCGAGGGCGAGCUGAAGAAGGUGGCAUCCUCACCCUCGCUGGACAAUACUCAGGUCCCAACUGGGUUGCCACAUUAAAUGCUGGUAAAGGAGGUGCCCAUGCCAGCUAUUAUCAUAGAGCCAACAAGCAGAUCCAGGUCGGAGUGGAAUUUGAGGCCAGCACUAGAACCCAGGAGACCAAGUUCUCUUUUGGCUAUCAAAUGGAUUUACCAGAAGCCAACAUGGUUUUCAGAGGUAUGCUGGACAGUCGGUGUAUCAUCGGAGGUGUUCUGGAGAAGCGCCUGUGUCCUCUUCCGGCUACGCUAAUCAUGGGGGCCUUCGUCAACCACAGAGGAGACAAGCUGCAAGUCGGCUUAGGAGUGAACGUUGGCUAGAUCUCAGGUCUAAAUGGAACGUUCCAGAAAUAUCCUCAGGUCUGUCCAAAUGACUGGUUCAUCACAGAUCACAGCUAAACUAACCUGGCAAUUCUGGACAUUAUGUUGCAUCUGAUGUGAAGGAUUGUAUCAAUGUUAACAAGCAGGGACAGAAAUAAUGAUUCUGAGUCCAAAUGGAGAAACAAUUCCAUGUUGGUGCUGUCCUUCCUCAAACUAAUGUACGACACGUCCGUCACUAACACCUCAAAAGACCUCAUUUGAUCCUAACCUUGACAGGAUAAUGACUGGAUAAAAACUGAAUAAUUAUGGAUGGUUUGGAGAAACAUGAAGAAGACAUAUGCAGUUUUAAACACGCAGCAUUAUUUUUGAUUCAUUAUGAUUAUGGAUGCAACUGGGUAUGUGCCGAUAUUCAUAGUGCAACAUGUCAUUCUUUAAGUAAUAAUAACAUAUUAGCAUUUGCAAAUUACUGUGGUAUAAGAAGAAAAAAACACUUCAGGACGUGCUGUUAUAGUCGUCGUUGUUUAUUUUCCUACAACUGCGCACCCCAUUAUGUUUAUUUCUUACAUACGCUAUUAUCACAAUCUUAUCCAAUAGACAGAAUUGGUAAAAAUGCAAAAACACCUCCACAAGCAAAGCAAAUUGAUCCACUGUAUGUCUAGAGAGAUCUACAUGCAGAGUAAUGGUGAUAUUUCUAAGUACAAGGUAAUGAUGAUAUUCUGAAGUGUUCAUGAUAUCAGUAUUGUGCUGAAUAUCGCAAUAUAUUGUUCAACAAGUUAUCGGCACAUGCCCAGAUUGUACAUUUGCACUUUUUUUUGUUUUCUUUGAAAUUAUGCACCAUUUGAAAUAUAUUAAAACACAUAAAAUCAAUGUUAUUAAGCGAUGAAAACAAUAAAAUAUGUUUAGGCUAGUAAAAAUAAUAAGCUGUAAAGGCUUCCAAUAGUUAUAUGUUUAUUAUAUACAGUCAAUUCCAAAAAUAUUGGCAUCCUUGAAGAGAAUGCGCAAAAAUUAUGGUAUAAAAUAAAUAUUACAUGUCACAAUUUACACCCAAAAAUUGGAGAAAAUAAUUGCCUUUCCUCUAAAUAAAAAUAUGCAGCAAAAUCUUAAGCAUAUUUAUUAAUGCAAACUAUUUGUCAGCCUUUCAACAAAAUGUCUUUUUGUUCUUAUUUCCUUUGACUUAAUGUGAGGUUGCACAAAUGAAAAAUCUCUUUGUCUUCCAUCAACAUUGGGCAAAACCAAAUCAGAGUGAUAGGGAAAAGUAAAAAGUUGUGAGCAGUUGAAAAUUUGUCAAGAAUUCGACACGUGAACAUACCAAGAAGGAUGGUGAAGGAGACAAAGAGCAAAGUUUCAGAGUAGCAUACUUUAGUUGAUAGUUGGCGUCGUCAAAUUUAAAAAUCAGUUAUUCAACGCCACCUCCAUAACAAGUUGUUUGGAAGGAUUACAUAAAAGAAGCAACCCACAAAAUGCACUAUGGUUGGAAUCGUGUGUUGUGAUGAGUUGCAAUUGUCCUCUAUACACUACAUACUGUAAAAUAUGGCGGUGGAUCAUGGAACUGUUUUGUAAAGCUUGUUGACAUAAAUGCUAAGUACCAGCAUCAACCCAAAGCCUCAUUGCCUUUGCCAGGAGGUUAAAACUUGACCAUCAUCACAAAACUUAGUUACAGCAGUACAAAAUCUUUGCAGUGAUCAUCUCAGUCUCCGGAUUUGAACUCUUCUGUGGUGUGAAUUGAGGAGGGACGUUCACGUACAGAAACCUAAGAAUAUAAAGGAGCUUUAAAUGUUCUGCAUGUUCCAAGAUCAUUUCACAAGAAUCUAAAUGUUACAGGAAGAGGUUCAGGGCCGAUGUUCUCUCAAGAAAAGGGUUUAGGGCUUUGCGUGUGUAUGUGUGGGGAUGGGGUGGGCGGAGCUUUUUAUCUUGGAACAAAUGUUAUGUUGAAAUAAAACUAUGCAGCAGCUAUAUGGUUUAAACUCAAAAUAUAGCCCAUUGCAUGUUAUUUAUUUUUAUCGAGGGUGCCAAUAAUUUUGGAAUUGAAGAGUAUGAAGAGUUUUUUUUAAAUCUAUCAUUGAAUUUUAGUACAUUUAACAUGAAGAACAUGAUGCAUUACGUUAUACUAUGGUGAUCAUGCUAUCCUAUAUGCAUAGAUUUUAACAUGCACUGACCAUAUUUAUUGAUUUAUUUAUUAACUGAUUGAAUGACUGAUUGAUUCUGCAUAUCAGAUUUUUGCAUUCAGCAUAAACACAGUUUACUAUAAGCAGCCUGUCCUUUGUAUUGUGUGCAUUAACCUGGAGUUUCUA